GCGCUCUCUUGCGAACGCGAUUUAGGUAGUAGCUAAACUCCCAAGGAAUUGGAUCAAUUCAAGCCAUUGACUUACGACGAGGCAUUUCAAUACGCUCACUUGGAACUCAAAGAAAGCCAUCGUUCUGUAAAACAAGCUAUCGCAAUAUUUUAUUUCCUUUUGCGCCGUUAUCAAUCACCCGCGCGUGCAUUUGCGACGCGUAUUCGGUCUUUAACGCCACAGAAUAGAGCACCCAAACCGUUCGAAAAUAGAAAUGGCCGACAACGCCCCCGCCGAUAGCAUAGUGGAGGAGUCGCCCGCCCCCAGUGCGCCCGCCGGCGAUGUCGAGAUGACCGAAAGCGCGUCCGGCGCAGUCGAGGGCGACGAGUCGGCUCUUCCUUAUGUAGGCGAGGAUGGCCCCGAGGAACCUGUGCCUGCCCGCGUUCCCUUUGUUGACUACCUCAGCAGUCCAGUGGUGACCCUCAUGGUCGGCAGUGCCGACAACAGCGACACGCAAACCAUCCUGACCGCACACCAGGCCCUCCUUACCCAAAGCCCGUACUUUGCCACGCUUUGCGCGGAAUUCGAGGAUGGCACUGACCGCCACAUCGACCUCUCCAGCGAAGACGUCGACGCCGUCGGUUGCUUCCUCGAGUACCUCUACACGGGCGACUACUUCCCGCGCAAAAUCCCCGGUCAGCGCCAACUUGACCAGGACCCGUCACUACCCAAGGUCGACGACUCGGGCGACCAGCUCCUCAAGCACGCACGCGUCUACACGCUCGCCGAAAAGUUUCAGAUGCCGGCGCUGCGCCACUUGGCCUCGUCAAAGAUCCACUGCGUCAACUCGACAGCAAAGGGCGAGAUCGCCUACGCUCGCUACGUCUACCAGUACAUCCCAAGGGACGAUUCACACAUCCGCGCGCCCAUCGUCACAUUCUGGGCCCAGCGCAGCCACACCUUGCGCGCCGAGGCAGAGGACGAGUUCAGGAGCUUGUGUUUGGAGUUCCCGCAGUUUGGUUACGACGUUCUCACCCGCGUUCUCGACGAGAAGCUCAAGCGCGAGCAGGUCUCCAAGAUGCACCCGUCAACAGCCAGCGGGCGCAAGCGACCUCGUCACAGCAACGUCUAGGACGUCCUGUCUCUGGGGUUCGCGUUCCUUGGGAGAAAGCUCGGCCGUGCGCAUGUAUUUUGAAGUCUAUUUUUCGCUAUCAUCUAUCGCUAUACAUAUUUCUCUUUUGUCAUAUUUACCUCCUUCCUCCCUGCGGAAUAGGAAAGACAAAACCGAGGCCUCUUUCGGCGCAUUGAGGUGGCAGAGGGGAGGAAACAGUGAACAUAAACCGACAGGGUCGACAAUGCCUGGCUUCUGUUGCCGCAUGGUCUCCCUUUAAUCUGGGAAUGACGCGGGGUUCCGAAGCGUUGGUGGCUGGGUGUGAAUCUAUGGACAUUUGGUAGUUUUGAAUUGGGCUAUUCUGGGCUCUGGAGUUGGUCAAAGUCAUCAUGAACGUCUGUGCUUCGUUCGAUGCAUCCGCCAAAGGUUUGAAUGGGUAGAAAGUCCACUGGGUAAAAUACUUUGACGUUUAAAUUUCAACGGGGGUUCUGGUCAUCGCGUUCUGGCAAUGGUUCCUUGGUACUUAUGCUCAUCGUCGGAUGUUUUAUGGCCUGCGUCACCAGAUAAUAGCCGUAGCUGACAAGGCGAAACUGUGGCAGAAGCUGGACAAAGGCUGUCCAUGA